GCAGUGCACAAAACUAUUAUCCAGAAACAACGAGAGGCGUUGAGGAUUUGGUCAUUGGAACACGUCUUAGGUAUCGUUAAAGGUCGGGCGGCAAUGGCUUCUCAUAGUUUAAGUUUAGCAUCUCCAAGAAUUUAUAUUUCCACGAAAAGCCAAUUAGAACUGGGCGUCAAAUCCAAGCUUUUUGUGUUCGGUUCCCAAGGCUUGAGAAAAUCCAACACGGUUUCUUUGUCAGCCCGUGCCAUGGGCUCCUCAGCUUCCUCCCAGAAACCAGACAGCACUCAAGAGGCAGGAAGCACCGACUAUAAAGCUAUAAGUAAUGAAGAGUGGAAGAAGCGACUCACAGGCGAACAGUUUUAUAUUACUCGUCAAAAGGGAACCGAGAGGGCUUUCACUGGGGAAUAUUGGAACACCAAAACCCCUGGAACUUACCAUUGCAUAUGUUGUGACACACCUCUAUUUGAAUCAUCCACUAAAUUUGAUAGUGGAACUGGUUGGCCUUCUUAUUACCUGCCUGUGGGAAACAAUGUCAAAUCAAAGGUAGAUAUGUCAAUUAUUUUCAUGCCUCGCCAAGAAGUUCUCUGCGCUGUUUGUGAUGCUCAUCUUGGCCAUGUCUUUGACGAUGGUCCACCUCCCACAGGAAAACGUUUUUGUAUCAAUAGCGUUUCCCUUAAACUAAAACCAAAGCCGUAGGCAGGCACAAGCAGGAAAACCAGAAUGAUAUAAUUGCUCAAAUCAGAUGUGACACUCGUUGUAUCUGCACAUUCACUUGACAGGUGUAUAAGCUGGGUCUGAUAAUGUGUAAAAUAUCUUAUAUUUUUGGGUCUGAUAAAAUAUAAAAUAAUAUUCACUCUCAGUGUCUGCUACUGUAACUUUGAAAAGAGAAUAUCAGAUGCUUGUAACAGGUGGAUUUUGUUUAACAUUUUCCUUUAGUAAGUCACAAAGAAGCUCAUUGGAUUAAAUUUCCUACUUUUAUGGAAA